CAGUCUCGCGCGUCUCCUCUUAUGCAACAGAAACGAGUCAUGCACGCGCAGUGGCUGUUUGUCGCCAGUCAGCUUGUCGUUUAUAACCGCAACACGCGCAUUGUGACUAGUAUUAGUUUAAACCAUCAAGUUCUGGCUUAAUACAAUUGUGUUUUUUAGGUUUGUGUGGAUAAGAAUUAAUCUACUGGGGUUGCAACGGUAACAGAAGCGAACAGCAGAUCCGGGUUUUGCCGCUCGUUUGCGGAGUUGGGGUUGUAAAGCUUUGUAGGCCGCAGUGUCUGAGAUCAACAACAACAUGGCCGAUGAUUUGGACAUUGAAGCAAUGCUCGAGGCUCCAUAUAAAAAGACUUGCCUAUAUCUCACCUCUACUCCCAUGAAUUCCAGUGUGAACUGUCAAAAAAAUGAAGGAUGACAACAAGUCCUUAAGUACCAAUGGCCAUGAGGAGCGGAGCAAGAAGAAAAAGAAGAGCAAAAGUCGCAGCAGAAGCCGCAGCCGGGAAAGGAAGAGAAGCAAGAGUCACGAUCGCAAGAAAAGUCACGACCGCAGGAGGAGCCGCAGCAAAGAUCGAAAGCGCAGCCGCAGCAGGGAUAGACGGCGCAGCCGUUCCAGGAGCAGGGAGCGUGGUGGUCGCUACAGAGCUCCAUUUUCUGGCCUGAAAUUUAACGGUGGUCCCAGGGGGAAGACUGGCCCACCACCUGCCAUCAAACUAAGCCGUAAAAGGUCUAGAAGCCGCAGUCCUUUCAAGAAAGACAAAAGCCCUAUUAGAAAGCCCAUUGAUAAUCUCACCCCCGAAGAAAGGGAUGCACGCACAGUGUUCUGCAUGCAGCUGGCAGCCAGAAUCCGACCACGAGACUUGGAAGAAUUUUUUUCUGCAGUGGGAAAAGUGCGAGAUGUGAGAAUUAUCUCUGAUAGAAACUCUAGAAGAUCUAAAGGAAUUGCAUACAUUGAGUUUGUGGAUACCACCUCUGUACCUUUGGCAAUUGGCCUGUCUGGUCAAAGACUACUCGGAGUACCAAUCAUUGUGCAGGCUUCACAGGCUGAGAAAAACAGAGCAGCUGCAUUGGCCAACAACUUACAGAAGGGCAGUUCUGGACCUAUGAGACUUUAUGUUGGCUCAUUGCAUUUUAACAUCACAGAAGACAUGCUCAGAGGCAUCUUUGAGCCAUUUGGAAGGAUUGAAAGUAUUCAACUGAUGAUGGACAGUGAAACAGGACGGUCAAAAGGAUAUGGCUUUAUCACAUUUGCUGAUGCCGAAUGUGCUAAGAAGGCUCUGGAACAGCUUAAUGGCUUUGAGUUGGCUGGCAGACCAAUGAAAGUGGGACAUGUGACGGAGCGGACUGAUGCCUCCACUGCCAGCUCCUUCCUGGACAAUGAUGAGCUGGAAAGGACAGGCAUUGAUCUGGGAACUACUGGUAGACUUCAACUCAUGGCCAGACUGGCCGAGGGUACUGGUCUGCAGAUCCCACCUGCUGCACAACAGGCCCUUCAGAUGAGUGGCUCCAUGGUAGCCAUGGCUGCAGCUACUGCUGCUAUGAACCCUGGAUUGAGUUUUAACAUCAAUGUGCCCACAAACCAAGCUUUGAAUCUACCAUCACAACCAAUUGCAACGCACUGUUUCCAGCUGUCUAACAUGUUCAAUCCAAACUCAGAAAAUGAUCUUGGUUGGGAAAUUGAGAUUCAGGAUGAUGUCAUUGAGGAGUGCAACAAACACGGUGGAGUCAUACACAUAUAUGUGGACAAGAAAUCAGCUGAAGGUAAUGUCUAUGUGAAGUGUCCCAGCAUUCCUGCUGCUAUGGCUGCAGUCAGUGCAUUACAUGGACGCUGGUUUGGAGGUAAAAUGAUCACAGCAGCUUAUGUUCCUCUUCCUACAUACCACAACCUUUUCCCAGAGUCAGUGCAGGCAACACAGCUUCUUAUGCCCAGUCGCCGGUGAUCAAUCACCUCUGGAAGACUCAACUUUUUCAGCCUUGUUCUUUUUAACUUUUGGACAACAUUAACAGUUCUGCAAGCUGUGGCACAGUUGUUUUGUUUCCUUUUAAGUUGGUUACAAAACCAAUAAGUUUAAAACUUUUACUUGCAUAGUGUCCUUACAGGUCUUGACGUUGAGAGAAGUUCUGUGGUGUAAAAGAAGUUUCCUAUGUACAGCCUACUUAUUGAAUUUUGCUUCUUGACCUUUUAUUGUUCAUACAUUAUUUUUUUUCCCUUCCACAUAUAUUGUCUUCGUGAUAGAUCUGAUUGGCAUGUUUCUCACUUGAGGAAGUGUGCAAUUUUGACAGAUACACAAUAUAAAUAAGUCUUGGAUUUAAACUGCAAUUUUGAUCAGACAUGAACAUAUUCAACUUUUUGGCUCUAUGAGCUGUGGCAACUAAAUGGCUGACACAAAUAUCUUUUGUUCAUUUAGAGACCAUAAAGUUUAGAACCAUCUUGUUUUUCUAAUCGAUUUGAUUUUUGUAAAGUCCUUGAUGAAAGUUAAUUUCAAAUAAAGCCAAGAUAACUGAAAAAAAUUGAUCCUCAUUUAAUUUGAACAGUGUGAAUUCCUAUGUU